AUGGCGCCCAAGCAGAUGGACAUGUCUACUUAUUCUGCCCCGGCGGCAGUGUACAAUUGGCGAAUCUACGCCCUCGCGGCCUCGGCGGCCAUGGGAAGUGCCAUGUUUGGUUAUGACAGCGCCUUCAUUGGCGGAGCCAUGUCUCUACCGUCCUUUGCAAGCCGCUUCAAGCUGGCCAAUGCUGGCGGAACUGAGCUUGCUGCUCUCAAGGCCAACAUUGUCAGCACCUUUCAGGCCGGCUGCUUCUUUGGUGUCAUCCUCUGCUACCUGGCCACGGACCGAAUUGGGCGCCGCUGGCCUCUGAUCGUCUGUGGUGUGGUGUUUGACCUGGGAGCUAUCCUCCAGCUGGUUUCCCCUGGACUGGUUGGACUGAUUUAUGCUGGGCGAGCCUUGACAGGCCUCGCUGUAGGCGCUUCAUCCAUGAUUGUGCCCGUCUACAUCUCGGAGUCCUGUCCACCAGCUAUCAGGGGCCGCCUCAUUGGUAUCUUCGAAAUCUUCCUGCAGACAUUCAUGAUCUUCGGUUUCUGGGUCAACUACGGUGUUAACAUCCACAUCUCCGGCACUUCUGACUCACAGUGGCACAUUCCGUUCGCGCUGCAGCUGAUUCCAGGCACUCUCCUUGUCAUCUGCAUGUUCUUCCAGCCGGAAUCCCCCCGAUGGCUGCUCAACGCAGACAGGGUCCUAGAGGCGCGCAAAGUCCUGCAGAGGCUCCGCCAGCUCCCCAACGACGACGACUACCUGAACUGGGAAAUCAACACCAUCCUCCACCAGAUCGAGGAGGAGAACGCCAUGGGGGCCAAGAAGAGCUUCCUGGGCAAGCUCCGCGAGAUCGCCCUGCCUGCCAACCGCAUCCGCCUCAUCCUCGGCGUCACCCUCAUGUUCAUCCAGAACAUGUCCGGCAUUAAUGCGCUCAAUUACUACUCGCCGUCAAUUUUUCAGGCAAUUGGUUUCACCGGCACCGAUAUCGGCCUGCUGGCUACAGGGAUCUUCGGAAUCGUCAAGGCUGGUGCCACCGCCGUCUUCAUGGUCUGGGGCAUUGACCGACUCGGCCGCCGCAAGGCUCUGCUCAUUGGGUCUGUGGGAGCCAUGGUUGCCCUGUAUUACCUGGGCGCGUACACGAAGCUCUCCCACUCCUUCUCGGCGACGCCCAAGGAGAGCAAGGAUGCGGGUGCCUACGUGGCCAUCGUGAUGAUCUACACCUUCGCAGUCUUCUACGCAAUGUCGUGGAAUGGAAUCCCCUGGAUCUUCUGCGCCGAGGUGUUUCCAAUGGCCAUCCGCUCCACCUGUCUCCUCUUCACGACUUGUGCCCAAUGGCUGGGCCAGUUUAUAAUUGUCUACUCCACUCCGUACAUGAUGACCAACAUCACCUACGGCACCUUUUUCCUCUUCGGUUCCGCUGUUCUCUUCGGUGUUGUUUUCGUCUUCGUCCUUGUGCCGGAGACAAAGGGGUUGUCGCUCGAGGAUAUGGAUAUUCUGUUCUCGCAGCAGGGUCCUGGAUAUACCUGGCGCUCCAAGACCGACAUUUUGGUUGAGGAGAGGCGAUUGGCUGGUGUGGCGGAGACUCUGGCUCGUGAGGAGAAGCAACAGAUUUCUGAAGCUGAAGAAGUAUGA